CACACAGGCCUACACACACCCUUUCUGUCAGGGUGUCCACACACUCGCAGACCGGGACAGCAGGCUAGGGUUGGGUGCAGCCAGUGUUUAGAAGACAGUGUACACGCUGUGUUUGUGGAUCUUGUGUAGAAAUCCUGCAACAGAGAAGGGCGGCAUCAAACUUUCUUGUUCUUGGAAACGCGACUCUGCCGCCAGCCUCUCUUUCCUGAUGUUCUCUUUGGAGUAUGGAACGCUAAAAUUUAAGGGAGGUUGUACUUAAUCCUUCUAGUGAAGAGGGACAUGGCUAUACAGUCAGGGAUUCUGCGAGUGCAAGCUGGCUGUACUACAGACACCUGUCCUCGUCGUGGAAAGGCUCAUUGUUAUCUUUUCGUAAAACAACUGCUUGCAGUAAAGAGCCAACCUGGAUACUAAGGAGAUCCUGAGGGAAAUCGACGAGUACCAACAGCUUUACGCUAUGGAGGAACAACAUACUCCAUCAUGGAAAGAUCGGACUACCUCACAAAAUAACUUUAACCCGACAAAAAAAGAAAAACAGAUUCAUCUACAGACACGGGUGAUUUACUUACCGUUGAAGUAGAGGCUAGUGCUCUGACUGGAAUCCAUGCAACACUGUAAAAAUUGUGUGAGGAGGUAGCAGGGCUGAGGGAGAGUUUGGAGAAAAUAUGGCACUCACAGCCAAGGUAAAAAUCAUUUUUUUAUGGGAUUCCUGAGGACGCAUCCAAUAAUCCAGAGGGCGCGAUCAGAGAAUAUAUGCAAUCCGCCUUGAAACUUCCUAUAGAGACUAAACAGGGUGGCUUUUCACCGAGUACACAGACUUGGAGCGACAAGAGCAAGGGUCCCUGACCGAUCAUCGCAAAAUUUGAACACUACCAAUAAAAGUACCUGUUCAAAAGCAGCGGAAGGGAUCUAAAAGGGACGAAAUAUGGUCCCAAUGACCAAUUUCCAAGGGAGAGAAACUAAUGUCGUAUGAGACUGUAUCCGGUACAAAGGCAAGAAAGGGAGAAGGUCCUCCAGCUCAAACUACAGCAGAGACGCACCCGGGAGGAGCUGGUCAGCCAAGGGAUCAUGCCACCACUGAAGAGUCCGGCGGCCUUCCACGAGCAGCGGAGGAAUCUGGAGAGAGCCAGGACUGAGGACUAUCUGAAGAGGAAGAUCAGGAGUCGUCCUGAGCGCUCAGAGCUGGUCAGGAUGCACAUACUGGAGGAGACGUCAGCAGAGCCGUCUCUGCAGGCCAAGGAGCUGCAGCUGAAGAGGGCCAGGCUGGCUGAUGACCUCAAUGAUAAGAUCUCCCACAGACCUGGUCCUAUAGAGCUCAUCCACAAGAACAUCCUGCCUGUCGACCUGGACUGUCCUCUGCAGCACUCACUACUGGAUUCUCCAAAGGGUGCAGGAGAAUCCUCAUUGGACGAGGACAGCAGUGAUGCAUUUUCUCCGGAUACGCUAGCCAAUCACGACUCUCCACUGGGUCCACUCUCUCAGCUGUCCCCCUCUGACAUGCUCACUCAGAAAAAGGACAUGUCCCCCUCACAGCUAUUCCUUACCCAGGUCCCACCACCACCUCCACUGUUAGUGAAUGGCCAAGACUCAUUGCCACCACAGAAGCUGACCAAUGGGACUGUGAUGUCGGGAGCUUCCCGCCCUGCUACUGGUCAGACCAAGUCGAAACCCAGUUUGGAGCGGCCCCCCCAGAGGCCUAAGAAGGCCAAAGACAACAAGCCCAAGGUGAAGAAGCUCAAGUACCACCAGUACAUCCCUCCGGACCAGAAGGCUGACCGGGAGCCUCCCCCUCAGCUGGACUCCACCUACACCAAGAUCCUCCACCAGCAGCAGCUGUUCCUCCAGCUGCAGAUUCUCCACCAGCAGCAGCAGCACUAUAACUACCACACCAUCCUCCCAGCACCACCCAAACCACCUGCAGAGCAACCACCUUCAACCAACCCCGCCCCUUCCCUUUUGCGCAGUAUUCCCCCGACGGCCCCUGUCCCUUCCAAUCCGAAUGGGUCCAGUCGUCAGAGCCAAACCCCUGUGGGAGGGACCAAACCUUUGACGCUACCAGCCAACCUGGAUGACUUCAAAGUUGCUGAGCUGAAACAGGAGCUGAAACUACGGUGUCUGACCGUGUCUGGCACCAAGAUGGACCUGAUUGAGAGGCUGAGGAACUACCAGGAGCAGAACGGUUUAGAUCGAGCUGGUGUUACUGCUACUGUAAACCCUAAACCCAGCCAACCAACCCCACCGCACGCCUCAAUCCAACCUGCUGGCUCCAUCAGCCCUGCCCCCCCCCAGGCUGGAACUAAUCCACACACCCACCAUUCAGGAGACGCAACAGGGAAGGUACCCGCUUUCUCAUUGGCUCAGACUGCCGCUCCAGCCUGUAUUUUGAGGUUUGGCAGUACGAGCUCCUCCCCUCCAGUCUCCCCCACCCCGUCAGAACGUUCUCUGGCGGUGAUGAGCCCCGACGAGACCAGCUGUAAUGGAGACGUGUUUGGGGAGAUGGUGAGCUCUCCCCUGACCCAGCUCAGCCUGCACCCUUCUCCACAGCACCACUCCCCAGCCUCCAUCAAAGAGGAGAACCAGGGUCACUUAUCCACCUGCAGCCUCUCCCAGUCCCGUCAUUCUCACACCGAGCUUCAGCCUGCCGCCCCACCUCAGGAGCCCCUAGCCGGGCCAACCAUGGAGGCCUCCCCCUUGGACAAGGACCAGAUGCUUCAGGAGAAGGACAAGCAGAUUGAGGAGCUGACACGCAUGCUGAGGCAGAAACAGAGGCUGGUGGAGAACCUGCGCUCCCAAUUGGAACAGGGGAAACAGACUGGAGCAGUGAGAGAGAUGGAGGGAGUACAGGGAGUGUUGGUGAACGGUUAUGCCCAGGAGGCCCAAACCACCCCCAUCAAAGCCUCUACCAUCCUCAAUCUCUCUCUCACCAACACAGACAUGGUGAGGAUCAAGAAGGAGGUAGACACAGAAGAAGGGAUGGAGGGAGUGGACGAGGCUCAGCCGACACAGUGCUCUCAGCAGACCCUGCUCAAACUGCAGCAGGUCCCCCGGAUACAGGUUGAACAACAGACACAACAAAUACUACAGACACAACAACUGAAACAACAGCAGGCACAACAACCACAGAUACAACUACUACAGACACAACUACUACAGACACACUCACAACAACAACAACAGACACAACAGCAUUCCAAACAGCUCCAGCAACAACAGACACAGCAGAUGCAGCAGCAGAUUACUUCGGCCCAGUUGUUAAUCCAGCAACAGCUGAUCAUCCAGCAGAAACAGCUCCAGCUGCAGGCCAAACAGCUGCAGGCCAAACAGCUGCAGGCCAAACAGCUGCAGGCCAAACAGCUGCAGGACAAACAGCUGCAGGCCAAACAGCUGCAGGACAAACAGCUGCAGGACAAACAGCUGCAGGACAAACAGCUGCAGGACAAACAGCUGCAGGACAAACAGCUGCAGGACAAACAGCUGCAAGUACUGCAGAGGAAGCAGCAGAGACAGUACCAGAGACAGCAGCAGAACAAACAACUGAGUCAGACAGUCACCCCACAACAGGUCACUCCAGUCUUCAUCAGCCAACAGAAUAGCACCCAGGUCCCCUCCCAGACCUUCUCAUUGGACCUCCUCAAAUCGGGCACCACACCCACCCUGGUCACCGACGGCAAUGGCAACCACUACCUGAUAGCACUGACCAAUAACAGUGCAGAGGGCCAAAACGGCGUGACCUCAUUGGGCAAAACCAGUGGAUCGCAACGCAUCACACUGCAGCGAUUGCAGUCAACUCCAAGUAAGCUCCCCAGCCAAUUGCCAGCUGAGAUACUGAGCUCUGAUACCCAAUCAAAACAACAGUUACAACCAGGCCCUGUCAACCAGUCUAUCAAAAAGAAGGCAGGUCUACAUCUGGAAACAAAUGGCAUAACCAAUGGGGUGCCAGAGCCCACUCAAUCUGUCUCCGCCCCGCCCAAUCUCCAUCCUUUCUUUGGCGAGGUGUCCAAUUUGUCUGAAAGCCAAAGCACCUCUCCCCCCUCUCUCAAGAGAGAAGUGUGUCCGACUUUUGACUGGCACACUUUGUUCAUCCCUCCCUCUCCUGAACAGACCUCUUUCUCCUUCACUCAACGACCUAAAGAGAACGGGCUGAGCAGUCAGCAGAUGGACGAUCUGUUUGACAUCCUCUUGAAGAGUGGCGAAAUCUCUGGAUUCCGAGCCAACCCAGACCAUUCCCUGGCCCAAAACCACUCCGACCCCUCCAGCCCUCCCUCGUCCCCUCUCCACAUCUCGCCGUCCACCACCCCCCUGGAGCCCUCCCUGCCCGAUGUGCCUUCCCAGCAGCCCUCGCCAUCACCCUGCACAGGAAGUGGUCGUCUGGAGGACUUCCUAGAGAGCACCACGGGCACGCCCCUCCUGGGGGUGGAGCCUGAUGACGGUCUGACUUUGAUUGAUGACCUCCACAGCCAAAUGCUGAGCACCCCCAGCAUCCUGGACCAUCCCCCCUCCCCGGUGGACAUGGACACUAGCGACCUGGGCUUCUCCACCCACCCGGCAGGGCUCGACUUUGGGGACCCAGCCCUGGACAGCAUGGACUGGCUGGACAUCUCUAUGGGUGGUGGAGGUGUGAGGACGAGUCUCGCCCCUCUGGGCCCCCACACGCCCCCCAGUGUGUUCUCUGCGGACUUCCUGGACAGCUCGGACCUCACUCUGCACUGGGACUCCUGUUUGUAGCUCUUACGGAAUGAGGAGUAUGCAUACUGUGUACAGGCUCUCUUUCUCUGUCUUACUCACAAAGCAGGUCCACCACUCUGGAGGUACACUGAGACAGGGAGUCUUGUCCUGCGUUCUCUGCCCUCUCGUCACGUUUGGACAGGCUAGAGAGCAAAACUGACUUUAGAUCAGAGGCAGUGUGUGAAGGGAAUACUGUGGAGUUUGGUCACGCUCUGACACAUCCUUCUGGUGACAAAGGGUAACAUGUGAAAUGCAGCCCCGAUGUGUCAGUGGUGCUUCUAACUUUGCACUUAUGCUGAGACUGUUGAUUGGUGAAAAGUUGUAAUGGAACAAAUCUCAUUGGUGGAAAACUACUCAUGAAUCAAACCUCAUUGGUGCAAACCAGGGGUGCGUUCAGUACGAAAGAAUGGUGUUACGUUUUCUCCAUCAAAUCAUUUAUUUAAACGAAAACUGUACUCCACUAAACGGCCAGUUGAAGAACAGUGUGAUUAUGAUGGCCCAGAGGGAGAUUGUAAAUGGUGUGUGCUGCAUGAGUUUUACGAUUUUAAAUGGUCACACCCAUAUUGAUCAUGCCACACCCACCAAAUGAGAGCAAACACACCUCAAAGACUUUUGAAGAACGGUACACACCGUUUUGGGGAAGCGUGUCAUUCAGUUUAAACUGUCACGCAACGGAGGAAACGUUAAAUUUGAUCGCACCCCAGUUGAUGAAAUUAACCUCAUUGGAGUAGGCAGUUACUGGAGGUGUUUGCUAGACGACUAUGCAUUUCUGUAUAUGAGGUAUAUUAUCGAUUAUCCAUCUUUUUCUUCCCGGUUGCUUAGAAUAGCAGGUAGGGUAUAAAGGGGUCUCAGCUUCCAAACAACUUUUUUAUGAAAAAAAUAAAUGUAAACUUGAAUGCGUCUUUGUUUUAUUUUUUAUAAACCUUUUACAUUGUAAAUUAUUUGGUAACUGUAUUUUUAUUUUAGCAGGGAGUCCCAUUGAGACUAAGGCCUCUUUUUCAAGGGAGCUGCGCUUGAACACAAUUUAUAACUCUUCAGCUGCUAUACUUGCAGCUGAACACACCAUUGGGUGCACACUGCCUGCCCAACAGGACACCUACAACUCCAAGUGGAUCAUCAGGGACCCCAGGCACGCCCUGUUCUCCACACUUGAAUCACUCAGACACGGGCUUCACAGGAGCAUCAUGGCAAAAACGGGACUGGCUAAUAGUUUCUACCCUCAGAGCAUCAGGCUGCUGAAUAGCCACCACUAGUCAGUUAGCUCCCCUGUCUCCCUAUGGACUUUCUCUACCCCCCUCUCAAUGACAGUCAUCACUGUUGCAGUUACUAUGUAUAUUAUUACAAUUUAUUGUUUAAAUUUCACUUUGUCCCCAGACAUCCUCAAUGGUCAUGCUGCCCCUCCUGUGGUCAUUCUCCCUCUACCCCCUCAACAGUUAUUACUAUGCCUCCACCCCAAUGGACAUUUAGUUAUUUAUCACUGCCACAGUUAUGAUGUUUAUAUAGUCCUAUUUUGGUAGAUUUUUUUUUUAUUACUAUUUUCAUUAUUUUAUUAAAUUUAGUCCUGCAUGUUGGA